AUGGAGGCCUUCACUCAGACUGGCGAGAUUAGAGCGGCAAGCUCUUCACACCAAGCGACCGCUCGCGGUUCCACCCCAACCGGUACCAAGCCACCCACGGACAUAAACAGCACUCCUGUACACGCGAAGGCAUCAUCCGUCCAUACUCAAUCUGUUGCCACAAACUUCAAGGACGAAGGAGUACUCCAACGACUUGCUAAAGAGAUGAGAUCGAAGAUGGUUGAAAUGGACUUCGAUCAGUUCAUGUCGCUGUAUAUGCCGGGCCCUGGCCUUCCGCCAGAGUCCGUGCUCGAGAUUCCUGACUUCGAUGAAAAUAAACUCAUGACGUCGGAGAACAAUGUCUGCAUUGAAUUGUGCCGAAUUGCGCAGGCCAUCCUAGAUGGCUGUCCCGGGGAGGAGAAACUUGUUGCAAAGAACACGCGAGACCACCCAGAUUCCAGUGAUUAUCACGACUACGCAGAGCAGCUCAGAGUUGAUGUCUCUUUCUAUCCGACUCAUGGCGAUGCUACGGCCGACUACGCGCUUCCGCAUGAGAGCUCGGAACAAGCCUCUCAGUUCCGGGCUUCGACCCGCUGGGCUUGGAUCUCGUUGCUAGCGGAGAUCAAGACGGUCCACGACCAGUGCGCUUUCGAGUUCGAGAAGAGCAAGGCUGAUGACCCAAAGCCAUUCAUCCGACCUGGUAAAGGGGCGACUAAGGCGCUUGCGCAGAUGGCGCAGUACGCCGCGAAGCUGUUCAGGAGGCAGCAUCGGCUGCACCUGUUCACGCUCUUUGUCUUUCAGGGCCAGGCUCGCGUCAUCCGCUGGGACCGAGCCGGCGCCAUCGUCUCGACGCCGAUCGACUUCAAGAAGGAGCCGUCGCUGCUGCAUCAGGUCAUCUGGCGGUACGCAUCCAUGGACCAAGUGGCGCGCGGAUUCGACCCGACCGUGGUCAGGGCAACGGACAACGAGAUCGCAGCCAUGCGGCGCUGUGAAGGGCCGGCUGCGUGGGUCAAUGAAGCUCGCGACAAUGCUCUUGGCCAACCAGGAUGGCCGGUCUACAAGAUCAAGAUGCGGACCAACGAUCUCAUAGACCAACAGGGCAUACAGCAGCUCUCCGAGUUCUUCUCCGAAUGUGAUGAUUCGAAUGCGCUCGACGACACAGAGAGGCCGACAGACGGAGAGUACUUCAUUGUGGGCAGGCGACACUUCGCCACUGACUUCCCAACUGGGAGAGGUACGAGAGGAUACAUCGCCUAUGAUGUCUCUCGUAAACGUCUGGUCUUUCUCAAGGACUACUGGCGGGCCCAUAUCAAGAGUUCGACGCCCGAAGGAGAGGUGUUGCGAUUGAUGAGGAGCGAGGGUGUGCGGAAUGUUCCGACGCCCAUAGCUGCUGGCGUUGUGCAGGAUGACGCAGGCGUGAAGCAACAGACGCGCACACAGGCACAGUUACCGCCGGAUCAGAGGACGAAGUGUCCCUCGCCGACCCAAGAACACUAUCGUCUCGUCGUGAAAGAGAUAGGUCAGAGGCUUGACGAACACGAGUCUACGAAGGAACUCGUUGAAGUGAUGUUCGAUGCAUUAAGCGCACACAAGCAAGCAUGGGAGUUGACCAAACUCCUCCACCGAGACAUCAGCGCCGGCAAUAUCCUCAUAUACCGUUUCACCGACAUCAACGGGAAGCUGUGUGUAAUCGGCCUCCUAAUCGACUGGGACUUAUGCAAGUUCCAAUGCUACUUGGAGACGGUGUCGCGUCCUGCGCGAUCGGGUACGUGGCAGUUCAUGUCUGCUCGGCUCCUCCGCAAUCCCGGGAAGAGACACGAGGUCGCGGACGACCUAGAAUCAUUCGUACAUGUCCUCAAUUGGAUGUGUUUCCGGUUUUGCCUGCACGACUUGUCGGAGAAACCCGAUAUCCUCAAGACGUGCAUACUGGCCCUGUAUGAGGAGCAAGGUGUCGAAAACGACGAAGAGAUAGGUGGCACGCACAAGAGGAAGCAAAUACGUAGUGGCGAGCCGCCUAUCGAAGUCGACCCGGACACUCCACUAAGCGAGCUUCUCAAGGACCUCGCUUCGAUAUGUCGCAAACACUACCUGGCGGUGGACGGGCCUGCCCUCAAAUCUAAGCCUCGCGGCGCUCUUGCAGUGGAUGUAGCGAGCCGUGAUGCACGGUCCGAGAAGUAUCAACGCAUUGCGGCGGCGCACAGGUUGGCCAACGUCAGCGGAAGCCAGCAAGCACCUGUGGAAACGGGAGCCGAAACUCUCAAAGACCACCAAGAGAUGUACGGCGCUUUUGCGUGUGUGCUCGCUGCGCCUUCGGAGCUGUGGGAUGAUGUCAAACGAACGACGGACCGGUUCCAGCUACCUGAGUUCAAGAAGUCUCCCGUGUACCAGUACAGCGCUGAACAGUCGAGCCGGAGGUCAUCGAACUCCAAACGAUCGUUGGAAGGAGAAUCGGCGGACUUGGCGAGGCCUGGCUCAUCGAAGCGCCUUCGGAGCUCGACUGCGGGACUCCAGUCGCUGGAGGAAGAACUUGAAGAGGCUGGCGCCGCUCAUGAGGAGUGA